AUGGAUUCGAUCAAUUUUUAUGACAUCAAAGCUGAAAAGGCAAACGCCACAUUGAGGUACCGCCAGCGUCGAAAGAUUGCAAAUCUGUUUCGUUUGAUAGAGGGGAUUGUUGUUCUGCUCCUGCUUUCCAGGUUUUCUCUUCAGCUCCCUCAUGCUGUCAAGAACUCUGGCUUCUAUUUCCGGGACAUAUCAGGCUUCGUGGUCAGCCCUCGCUUCGUGUUCGUCGUUGGAAAUGUAAUAGUCAUCAUUCUCUUUGUCAAGUCCGGCGGGUUUUCAGGUAAAGACUCCAGCGCAGGAGCUGAUCUUUACGAUGAGUUUGUUCACAACAGCGAAAAGAACCAGAAGAUUCGGAGCGAUGCGAUCGAAUACCAUGCCAUACAGAGCAGAGCUGAGGACAGCACAGCUUCUGAGAAGGCUCAUACUAUUUCUGGCAAAAUCAAGAACUUUACAAGGAGCCAAUCAGAGAACUUGGAGCGCGAGGCUUGCAAGAAUUCACGGCGUUUACUGAGGCGGUCUGAGACAGAAAAAUUCAAGAAAAGGGUUGAAUCUGGUGAGAGAUUGGCAGAGAGCGCGUACCCUGAAGACUCCAUGAGUAAUGAGGAGUUUCGCUCCAAGGUCGAGGCUUUCAUUGCCAGGCAGCAGAAGUUUCGACUUCAAGAAGAGUUCUCUGUAAACUAG